UUUCUAAAACGUUUCACUCAACCAUUGUCUACAUAAAAUAUUAUCGUAUUAUAUUCACGUGGUAUACCACCGUACAUUAUACCAAAGCUGUAGUAUACCUAAUCAUCAUACAAUGUGUGACAACCGUUUACGAAAUAAUAUUAUAUCUAAUACAAUUUAAGUUUUGUGUAUUUCAAGUUUGACAGACAAAUAGCAGUGAAAGAGACACGUCAUCGUCGGACAAGAGCUCGAAACAAAACGGAAAUGUACACGAGUUUUCGAUAGACCUGCCAUAUAAAGUUGUACACUUUGAAAACCUUUUUGAUGCCAUAUCGGCAGUAACAGGUAUUUACUCGCCAAUAACAGUGCACGCGGAAAUAAAAAAACACUAUACUGCAACUCAGGAAUUUUCUGAAACAGAAAUGGAUCGGCGCCGAAAACAUAAGAAAAAGCUAAAAGAUUUCGGUAGAGAGUAUUUUCUAGAUAUUUCCGUCAACGCGUUAAAACACAUAAUUCGAGCCAAAAACGUCGGUGAACGACGAUUUUGGCUGGUGAUGUUCACUUUCGCAUUGUUCGGCACCGGAUUCUGCGUCCUGGAAGUCUGGAAAGUCUAUGAGUCCAGUUUCACCAAAACCAUCAUAUUGUCCACCUCUUAUUUGUAUUCCGAGGCUCCGUUUCCGUCAGUGACCAUUUGUGAACCGAGCAGAGUGUACGGUCCCGUGAUAAAAACCUUGUAUGACAACUCUUCCGGCCGGCCGGGCUCGUACGAUGAAGCCGUAUUCAAGAUAAUGGCGACCUUGGCCACAAUCCGUUUACCACUGUUUCAAGAUUUUAUCGAAAUAAAAAAUUUCGAAAAACAUUACAACGAGCUCAACAAACUCAACAUCAGCGACAUGCUACUGAAGGCGGUUCGACCGUGUGACAGCAUAUUCGACUCCAGAUGCUGGUGGCGUAAUAGUUUCUACAACUGUUGCGAUCUCUUCGAACUCCAGAAAACAUGCUACGGUUACUGUUACAGUUUCAACUCAGACGUAUCUGAAUACAGUAAACGAAAAACGCAAUUUUACGGAAUGCACGAGGACUUAAGUAACUACUGGAUUGACGAAGAUAGGGUUGAUCGGGGAACUUUCAAGAGGCCUAGGAGAACUGGUGGAAGCGGCCCGUGGUCUGGCUUGUGGUUUUCCAUGCGUGCCCAAAAGAUUCCAUCCUACAUCAAUGCCAAGAGUGGAAUAGUGGUUAUGAUUAGAGACCCGAGUGGCUUGCCGAUCGAUCGGGGAAUGAUGGUGGCCAAAGGUACCAGCGGCUAUAUAAAAGUGUGGGGCGAUAAGGUGAUUCCGACGGCACGUCUCAUACGCGUGAAACCCGAAAAGAGACACUGUCUGUACCCUGACGAAAAGACCUACUUGGGCCGAGGCUAUUUGAGGUCAAACUGUUUGUUCAACUGCUAUCAACGGUUUAUGUUUCACGAUUGCAAGUGCGUGCCGAGUUUCUAUUAUUUUCACUACGAAAAAGAUCUUCCCUAUCCCGAGUGCAACGUAGAAGGACUUGUAUGCUUGGCAGAACAUUCGUCAAGUUUUAUCAACAUCGUAGAUCGCGACAAAAAUUUAUCAACAAAUCUCAGAUGCAAAUGUCCAGGAGAUUGUCGUAGUCAACAGUACAAGUCUAACAUUGUUGUAUUAAAUGAAACAUCAAGGGCCGACCAAAUUACAGUUGAUGUUUUCUUCCAUAGGUCUACGUGCUUCUUGUACGAAACAGAUUUAGUGUUUGACUUUAUGAAUGCCCUAGUCGGCUACGGAGGAGUUUGUGGACUUUUUCUCGGGGCGUCAUUGAUCAGUGCCGUUGAAUUUAUAAAUUUCAUGACGUUUCGUUUGUACGAUUAUUGGUUGAACCGUCGACAUCGAAAUAAAAUCGUCCAACGUUUCAUGCAUUAAGAUUAUCUGUUACAGUCGAUUUUUCUUGAAGACCGCUAUAUAGUUGAGAGUUGUAUUUUUCUAAAUUAAUUUAUAGAUUUAUAUUAUAUUAGUCAUUUAUACAUAGAUUUUAUAUGUCAUAGCUAUACUGUAUGAAAUAAAAAUAAAAAUACAUAUUUUAAACCAUAUCAUAUAGGUAAUAAAAAGCUGUUUA